AUGAAUCCUUAUUGCAUUAUGCAUAAAGAAGAUAUUGUUAACUUUUGUGUUGAUUAGAAUUGUUAAACCAGAUGCCUAUGCAAACAUUGUAAACAUGAACACGAGACAGUUCCUAUAUCCUAUCUCAUCGAUAAUAUAUUUUUAAAAGAGACUAUCAGUAUUGUAAAUCUAUUCAAAGUGAUGAUACAAAAGUUGGUUCAAUCAAUAGAAACUGAUUUAACUGCCCAAUUGUAAGAAAUUUAGUAUGAAAAACCCCCAAAUGAAAUAACAUAACUAAGUGCCUUUUUGAAGAAAAAACAUUAAAUUUUUGUGAUCCUCAAAGAUUCCAUUUAGUCUAAACUUCAAAGAGUUAUUGAGGCUAUCAAACAACCUACUGGUUCUACUAAACCCCAAUUCCCUAGCUCGUUGAAUAGUCUACCUUUUAUGGAGAGACAAGAUGGAAAUAAAUAAUCACUAAAUCUUAAACAUUUUAAGUCUGAAGAGCAUAUUGGAAACACGCAUCCAGAAAAAAUUGAUGAAAACUUAAUGCUAGACAAAUUGGAAAUACCAAGACUCAAAACAUUUAAUGAAGAAAAUUGGCCGUGGCGACUGGAAUAAGGAGCUUAGUUCGUAAUGAUAUUCACAGCUCUCAGAAACUUCAAAUUGUUGGGUUUCAAAUAGCCUAUGUUGUUUAGUUCAUAAGUACUUAAUCAUCAAAGAAAACCAAUUAAUUUUAACGUUGGGUUGUAUCACAAGAAAAAUCUCUAAAAAAAGCCCAUUUACACAGAAAGCAGAACUAUAAAGCACAAACAUGAGAAAGUUAUUGAUAGGUGUUAUGACAUAGUUUUCAAAACUCCUCAGAAAAUAUAGAUGGGAAAAGAGUAUUCUCUGGUGAUUUGGAGUAACUCUGGAUUCUAUAGUCAUUAUUAUAGUCUUCCUGCUGCUUCUAAUGAUUUCAUUGAAUUUUAGCAACAAGACUUCAACGAUCAUCCAAAAAUCAAACGAUCGGAACUUGUCCACAAAGUGAUAUCUACUUUUAGAGCAGGCUUGAUUCCGGCUGUAUACAUUGACCCUAGAUAGGAGAAUGAUUAAUGA